GGUUGUUUGACUGCUCUAAAGCUACUCUGAAGAUGUUCGUACAACCUUGUUAACGGACUUAAAUGGCCUCGAUUUCAUGUCAGCAGGUAAAGUAGUAUCUAUCAAGAAACAUUAUCCCAAUGUCAUCUCAAAAUUUUUUGAAAUUUGGUGUGGAGUUUGAGGGGAGUGGUCAGCUCUUCACGUUUGAGUGUCCAACUGUGUACGAUGAUAUUAUUUACAAGGUUUCGCAGCAGUUUGGUAUACCUCAAUCCGAAACCUCCAAUUACUGUUUUCGUAAAACAGAACACUCGGGUACAAUUGAAUAUUAUACGACUGAAGAGAACUGUCGUAUUAGGACUGGAGAUGUUGUUCAACUAGUUGAAAUUCCAAGUAGAGCUGUGGAGAAGUUUAUUUCAAAUUUGGAUCAAGCAUUGGAUUGUUUAGUUGAUAAUAGGAAUACUACUACUAAUACAUUUGUGAAUAGUAGUUGUAACCCAUUACAUCAUUUGUAUGGACCAGUUAAGCAAUUACUGAUGGAAUUAGCCAUUGUUUUGCAAUGUAAACAAUUUAACAGAGAUUUUGUUAAAUGUGAAGGUCAUUGUAAACUCUUCCAACUUGUUGAAUGCAUUGACAAACUGGAUAAAAAGUUUCAUGAUGAAAUUUGGUCAUAUCUCUUAUCCUGUCUAAUUGAAUUAUCCAAUUAUGCUAUAACUAAUCGAUUUACUAUUAGUAAUAAUGCUCUGAGUAACGAUAAUAAUAAUAAUAACAAUAAUAUGAAGUUAUAUCCUAAUGAAGUUUGUUUUACACAAGAAAAUAAUGAUUCAAAAAAGUAUUUAUCUGAAGAAAUGUUAAUUCAACAAGAUGAAAAUAUUAACCAAAUCCAGUACUCAUCAACAAUUCUACCAAUGAAGAAUGUUUAUGGAAUAGAAGAGUUUUUCAGUUGGCAAUUAGUAUCUAAUGAAUUUUUAUCUGUGAUAAUUGAACAUUGUAGGAAAGAAACUAAUUUAGAGUGUCUACUAAAUGAAAUGAAGUUAUUAUUAAAAAUAAUUACAGACUAUCCUGUACAUAUUCAAUAUGUUACAAAACAAACGGAACAAGGAUUUGUGUUGGAUUUAUUAAAAAUAAUUCAAUCAAACAUUGUUGGUUAUAAAUCUACUGUGAAUUAUAAUUCGGUCCGUUUGGAAACAUUACGAUGUGAAAUACAAAAUCUUAUUAUGCAAUUUUUGUAUGUUAUAUUUUAUUAUGGGAAACAACAAGGUCAUUUGAUAUGCUUAAUUCAUCAGUUUUUUGAAAAUAUACAAUUUACUGAACGGAUUUUCGUAAAUAGUUCGAAUGAUUACCAAUCGUUCUCGAUUUCUUUCGUUUUAUUGAAGUGAUUGAUGAAUUUUCGAAAAGACAUUUGAAUAUGGUGGAAGACCGACUAAUAAUGGUGUUCGUCAGUGUGUUCAGUAAAGCCCGAAAACUGAUCACUUGCAAGCAUUAUUUUCGUUAAUUUAUUGGUUGGGUGUUCCCUAGAGAUCUGAUUGGAAUCAUUUCAAGCUGUCUUGUAUUGACACUUCAAUAUGAAUAUAUCACCAUCGCAAGUGAUGUGAUGGAAAUGGUAAAUCAAGUGAAAUGUAUAGUUUGAAAUGAAAUUGUCAGUGAAUAUUAUUCUGUUAUACGGAAAAUGAAGUGAGUGAAUGGACGGAGAUUGAUUGGAAAUCGUAGUCAUUGCACACAUAUUGAAUAUUGAGGAAUGGAUGCGCUAGUGCUUUUCGGACAUGUAUCUUAUCUUUUCAUCACUGUUUUUGAUUUUUUUUAUUAGUGGGACUUCACUUUUCGUUAAUCGAAUAUGGU